AUGGCACCGCGCUCUGAUGAAGCCAUUCAGGACAAUGAGCUUCCACUUACACUCUCAUAUGAUGCUGAAGCUAAGAAAGGAGAUCCAUGCAAUUUGCAGGCUCCAUUUGAAAUUCUGAUCAAGUAUGGGAGCCAAAUGAAGCGUUUGAGAAGCGGUAAACGUUGUGGGCUGAGACAGCCCAAGCAUUUUGAAACGGCGCGAAGAGACUGUCAAAUUUCAGAAACGGGCGGCAGUGCCUCAAAUUGUCAAGUAUUAUCUGCUGUAAGCAUCAUGAGAAUGGCAACAACGGAACUAAUUAAGUCCAGGUCUCGGAUCACAAGUGACUCUUCCACUCUUGGAAACGCUUCUGCAUUUGAUUCUGGUGUAACUCACAAGCAUGCAAAGCAUUUGAAGCACGUGUUGUGUCUUCUUGAUGCUGCGGAAAAGUUCUCCAACCAACAGUAUGAUGAAGCUGAAAAAUUGCUCAUCUUCUUACUUUCAGCUUCUCAUGCUGAUCAUCCUAUUGAGAGAGUCGUCACUUGGUUUGUUCGAGAUUUACAAGAAAGAAUUGACAUGGAAAAUGGAAAAUUUGAUCUGGAGAAAGAAGUAGUAGAAGUCGACGUGGAACAAGCACUAGCGGAUCUAAAAGCUGCUAUCUUUACAAGUGAACAACUCCUCCCCUUCACUCAAAUCACACACUUCACUGCAAUUCAAACGAUUUUGGACAGUCUGGCAUCAGCUGAAAAAAUUCAUGUUAUUGAUAUCGGAACCAAACUCGGUUCGCACUGGAUGAUCAUCGUGCAUUCUCUUGCUAAUCGAAAAAAUUUCCCAGUGGAGCAGCUCAAGAUCACUGUGGUUUGUACACCAAAAGACAAUGUCGAAGAAAGAGUUGAGAUGCUGUCUUCUUUUGCAGAGUCCAUGAAUGUGCCCCUUAUAUUUAAAAUAGUGAACUCAGAAAUGCACGAGUUCAAGCAAGAUCAGUUCGAAUUAGAGGCUGGUGAAGUAGUGGCUGUUUACAUGGAGUUCUGUCUCACUGCUUUAGCGGCUUCUCCUAACAACAUAGAAGCUUUAAUAGGAUGGGUCAAGAACCUGAAUCCUCAACUGAUGGUCGUCAAUGAAAUUGAGGCAAAUGUAUGUGCAUCAGCCUUCGUCCCCCGGUUUCAUGAGGCACUCUUUCUCUGUAGUGCAAUGUUUGAUUGCCUCGAGGAUUGCCUGGAACAGGACAACCAGUGCAGGGAGAUAAUCGAGAAAGUCUACUUUCAGGAGAUCAUAAAAAACAGCGCUAUGAGUGAGGAUGAUGGGAGUUUUAGGCGAUGUCGUAAGAUCAACUUCUGGAGGGAAUAUUUUGCCAAAUUCGGUAUUGUGGAAAUGGAGCUGAGCCAGCCAUCUAUGGACCAAGCAAGCUUUCUGGUCAGAGAAUCACCUUGCUGGAAGUCUUGCACUCUGAGUAUGAACGGCAAAUGUAUGCUUCUCGGAUGGAACGAGAUCCCAUUACGAUCUGUGUCUGCUUGGAAGUUCCACAAAGACUGA